GGUGCCUCCGAUGCCCCCUGCUGAGGUUCUGAAUACUUUGGCAGUCAACUCGGCAUCCUUGGGAUUCCAAGUGACUUCACGCGAGGUGAAAACCCAGGUGGCUUGGCAGCAGCGUAUAUUCAUCGGUGAUAUGCAGCGGUUCAACAUGGUAGAGAUCGGACCGAGCACGACUGCCAAGGAGGUGCUCGACAUGCUGGAUCGCCAAGGACAGUUGGAGCAGUGGGUUGGAUCUGGUAGCUGGAUGCUCUACGAAGUUGCUCAGGAUUUCGGCAUGGAGCGGCCCAUCCGAAACUUCGAGAUCGUUUCUGAUGUCAUCAACUCUUGGGACAAAGAUAGGACUGUGAAUGCCCUCAUAACGCGAAAGACUCAUAUGGCAGCUGUACUGCAUCCAUCCGCCAUGCCGACUAGCUCUCCUGUGUGCAGUGGUUAUGUCGAAUACGAGAGUAAAAAGGGCAAGUGGAACAAGCGUUGGUUAGAAUUGCGGGAGCAUAGUUUGUGGCUCUCCAAGCGUGAUACUGGGAAAGACGCGACCUUUGUUUGCUCGCUGUCUAAUUUUGACGCCUACCAGAUGACUCGUCCACACAAGGCGCCGAAAACCUUUGUCUUUGCCGCGAAGUCCACGGACAACCUCCACUUCUUUGAAAAUACUGCCGAUUACGUGCACGUCUUCUCUUGCGGAGAUAAGGACGGUGAGAAUUGGUUGCAAAAGAUCCUUUUGGCUCGUUCCUACAUGAUCAACCAAGAGCGGCACAUCAUUACGAGUCAGGGUGCGAGCGCGAGCGCUUCAGCAUCUUCCGGAGGCAGCAAACUUGCACGAGCGGGGACUCGUAAAGGUCAACGUCCUGCUCAACCUUUGGUCGCUGUAUCAGCGCCGCUGUCUGCGAUGAACACGCCAAUGGCAGCUGUAUUCGAACCUGGGUCGCUGCUAUCAAAGCGGUGACCCGGAAUGUUUUUAUGUUGAUCAUAUACUCAUCUCACACCUUCACACGCUCUUUAGACCUUUUGUAUGUUUCAACACCCCAGUCUACUAUCCGCUCGUUAUCCUUCACAUCUAUCUCACUGUAGCUCCUUCGUAAUGUAUUCGGUACUAGCACGCUUCACCAUUGGUGGAAUAUUAUAUAUCUGAAUAACAAGGCAUCCAGCAAUCAAG